CGUCUGCAGCGCCCGGCGGGGACCGCGGCGCGGGGUCAGAGCUGAGUCUCUGGCUCCGAUUGCAGCUGCAGCGCCCGGCCGAGAAGGCGGCACGGGGUCAGAGCUGAGUCUCCGGCUCCGCUCGCGUCUGCAGCGCCUGGUGGGGACCGCGACGCCGGGCGCGCUUUAGCCUGAGCUGCACGCUCGGCCGCCGGGCGCCUCCUAUGGGCGUCUGCUGGGCUCCGGCUGCGGUCGCGCGGGAGGCGGCGGCGGGCGAUCAAACUUAGAUCCCUGCGGCGGACUGUAGGACUCAGAGCCAGGAGAGGGAGAGAGAGAGACAGAGAGAGAAGGGCCCGAGGAGGAGGCUUCCAUCACGUCACUGCAGAAUGUCCUGGAAGCUUUCCCUGUCCUUGUUCCUGGUGGCGGUGCUGGUGAAGGUGGCGGAAGCCCGGAAGAACCGGCCCGCGGGCGCCAUCCCCUCGCCGUACAAGGACGGCAGCAGCAACAACUCGGAGAGAUGGCAGCACCAGAUCAAGGAGGUGCUGGCGUCCAGCCAGGAGGCGCUAGUGGUCACCGAGCGCAAGUACCUCAAGAGUGACUGGUGCAAGACGCAGCCGCUGCGGCAGACGGUGAGCGAGGAGGGCUGCCGCAGCCGCACCGUCCUCAACCGCUUCUGCUACGGCCAGUGCAACUCCUUCUACAUCCCGCGCCACGUGAAGGAGGAGGAGUCCUUCCAGUCCUGCGCCUUCUGCAAGCCCCAGCGCGCCACCUCCGUCCUCGUGGAGCUCGAAUGCCCCGGCCUGGACCCGCCCUUCCGACACAAAAAGAUCCAGAAGGUCAAGCAGUGCCGGUGCAUGUCAGUGAACCUGAGCGACUCGGACAAGCAGUGAGAGCCCCGC